AUGGGCUGCAGGUGCAAGCGGCAAUGGAAGCGUUGCACGGGGCUCUUGCAGAACGACUGCCUGCGCUGGCACGGGUGCGGGGAAAGUGGAAGCUACGGCUGGUGCCAGGUGGAGAGCGGCUGCCGCAACACCUGGGACUAUUGCGUUGGUCAGGGAGAACAAGAAGAUCCGAAGGUGGAAAUGGCCAGCGAGACCCCAGCAGUGCUGCUGAGAAUCUGCCUCUUCCUUGGGGUUGCCCUACUAGCGGCCUCCGCCGUGCUGUGGAUGUGCAAGUUCCGUAUGCCCCCUCGACCACAGCCCCCCGCCCUCAUGGAUCCGCCUGCCGUGGAGCUUCGCACGCAGCGCCGCCAGAGCCAUUGA